AUGGCUAACGUUGUCGAAGUCGCAAUCGAAAAAAUUGAUGAAGUCAAGUCGAGACUUGGAAGAACUUUGGGAGCUUCAAUGCGUUUACGCGAUUUAAUUCGCCAAGUUCGUGCCGCUAGGACGGCGGCUGAAGAGCGUGCUGUUGUAGAACGAGAAAGUGCGAAUAUUCGAGACUUUUUUAGAGAUGAGGACAAUAAAUACAAAUGCAGGUUAAUUUUUUUGGAGAGGACCAAACCUGGGUUUAUAGGCCGAACCUAG